CUCGACUCUCCGUGCGUGUCGGAGGAAGGAGAUGCUUCCGACGACCGACGUCCAUCGACCGCCCUGUCGAGGAGACAUCGCCGCCUGCCGCGGUCCCGAUUCGGAUCUCCGUCUUUCUUUGUCCCGAUUCAAGGAAACCCUGAUUCUCUUCCUUCGGUUUCGCCCAAUCCAUUGGAUCCGAGGAAGGGGAUCGACCCGCCAAGGCGACGUCGCCUCCUCCGCUGCAGUCCUAACCCGCGUCUCUCUGCGUCUUUUUUUUGUACCGAUCCAAGAACCCCCCGACCCUCCUCCUUCGAGUUCGACGAAGGCCUAAAUCUUCAUCCACGGAACCCAGGGAAGGGGAUCCGACCGCCGGCUACUCCCCCUGCCCCAUCUACCGCUCCGCUGAACCGGCGACGUCUUCCUCUCUUUCUUUUCUUCCCCGAUCCAAGAAAUGUCUGCCGCCUUAAUCGAAUAAGGAAUGUCUCGUUCCCGCCCGCCGACUCCUCCGACUCCAUCGACCGAUCCGCCGAGGAGGUGUCGCAACCGCCGCCGCCUCAGCCCGCAGCGGAGUGCCACGGUGGUGGGAGCCCACGAUAUGAACAACCGGAGUACCUCGGCGGUGGGAACCCACGAUACGGGCGACUCCCACCACCUCGGUUCUCCCUUCACCAAUGCCACCGCCUCCAGCCCGGACGAGCCUGUCUAUGACGACACCGUGGCCUGGGCGUGAAGGCAGUAGCCCCGGGCGGCUGCCGGGGAGAGCAGUGGUGCCAAAGAAAGAGGAGAAGGAAGGGUGUUGUAUUUUUCUUAUGGUGGUAAUUUCUUGGUAUGUGAUCGUAGGGUUUGUGUUCAUCAGCUAUAUCACCCUGCUUGCAUCAACCGGGAUGAGGCCUUCUUUCUUGAUGGGGUCGCUGGAACCGUGGAUCUGCAAUCAGCCUCGAGGUUGCGUUGUUGUGGCCACCACCAUUAAGAUGUUCGACCUCGUUUGAAGGUUAUAUGAUGGCCUAGGAAACAGUUGGCUAAUCUGAUUAGUACGUGAGGUUGUGUCCAUUCGUAACUAUCUUUGCACUAUUAUAGAGUGCAAUACAGAAGUUGCAGAUUUUGAGCACAGCUGAGCAACGCCAGCGUUU